UAACAUAUCGCGGUUCUACUUUCUACGCAGGUUGUAUAAGAAAUCCUAGUUUACUGUAAUUCCGUUAUCGUAUUUUCAAUCCCACAAUUCACAACAAUGGCAGACAAGCUAGAUUUAUCCCUUGACGACAUUAUCAAGAUCAACAAGAAAACAAAAACCGGCGGUGGACGGGGAAGAGGCGGUCGCCGUGGUGGAAGAGGUGGUGGCGGCGCUACUGGCGGAGGUGUUGGUCAGGCCCGCAACAAACGAGGUGGAGGAAGAGGUCGCGGACGUGGAAACCCCAGGCAAUCCUACACAAGAGGAAAAAUGCCAGCCGACAGGUGGGAGCAUGACAUGUACAAGAACGGGAAGCCCGGAAGGGGGCGUGCACGUGGUGCAGGGACCAUGGAAACAAGAUCAACUGGAGGAAUUGGAAAACUGCUGGUGACGAAUCUUGAUUUUGCCGUGUCUGAUAGCGAUAUCACCGAAUUGUUCUCGGAAUUCGGUGCUCUGCGCAAAUCAGCUGUUCAUUAUGAUCGGUCGGGCAGGUCACUAGGGUCGGCAGAUGUCCAUUUUGAAAGAAGGAGUGAUGCAGCAAGGGCACUGAAGCAAUACAAUGAUGUACCACUUGAUGGGCGAGUCAUGCAAAUUAGAUUUGUCGAUGGAAAUUCUCCUUCUAAUGACAUGAAUGGCCGUAUUGGUCAAAGGAAACCAGCACCCAGUGGUGGUGGUGGCGGCGGAAGAGGCCGUGGUGGACAACCUAAAAGAGGAGGUUUCAGAGGCAGAGGCCGCGGGCGUGGUGGUGGACGUGGCCGAGAGCCAAAAAAAGAGGUUUCGGCUGAAGAACUUGACAAACAACUUGAUGACUACAUUUCUAAGAUGGAGGAAUGAAUGUUUUAACUUGUGCUUCACAAUGAUAACAUUCUAACAGCCACUGGUCGCUGAAAUCAGCUUUGUAAAGUGCAUUUUCAAUAAUCGACGAAUUUGGAUCAAAUUCCCAUUUUAUCCACUUGAUUUUUUGUCUCGCUUGAGUUACGAUAUAAUUCGUACUUUUAGCUUUCGUGGAAGAACUAGUUCACUAACCAGCUUGUUGUUCGUUUUAUAUUUCACUUCGUAAAUACAUGCUUUUAUUUAGAAAA